AUGUUUCGUAAGCAUGAGUUGGUUGUUAAAAAUAAGCAUUUGGUUAAACAGGCCUGUAAUGCCAAGAAGUCAAGGGUGAAAAUUUCACAAACGUACAGUUGUAUUGCUCGGGAGAGGAAUGGGGUUGAUCAGUUGGCCUUUACGCAAAAAGUUUUGGAGAAUGCAGUUUCUGAGUUGAAGAAAUUGGAGUUGAUCGAGGGUGACGCAAAUGGUAUGAUUGAGUAUUUCCAAAAAAUGAGUUCCGACAAUCAGAAUUUUUUCCACCUCUGUAGGUUUGGGAAGGAUGGUGCAUUGCAGGAUGUUCUUUGGGUUGAUGCAAGGAGUAGGGCUGCCUAUGAAGAAUUUGGCGACGUUGUAUGCUUUGACAGUACGUAUUUGACGAACAGAUUCCAUCUCCCAUUUGUUGUCUUUCUUGGGGUUAACCAUCAUGGGCAGAGUAUAUUGUUAGGUUGUGCGUUGAUUUCCCGUGAGACUGUUGAGACGUAUGCGUGGGUGUUCAAGACUUGGCUGAAUUGCAUGAGUGAUAAAGCUCAAACAUCCAUACUUACGGAUCAAGAACCUGCCAUUCGCAAAGCUGUUCAUUUGUUCCUGAGGAUUGAUGAUCAUUGGAUGGAUGCAAUUCAGCACUAUAAGUUGCAAAAAAAUAGUUGGCUUGAAGGUGUGGUAUUUGAAGAAUGUGAACUUAUACUUUAUGGUUGUUGUUGUGGUGAUCAUAGACUUAAAAGUAUAGCUCUUAUUACGAAUCCCUCCCCCCUAUUUGUACUUGGAAAGACAUAUGUGGGUGCCAGCAUACUUGAAACAUCUGUUCUGGGCAAGGAUGAGAACAACUCAGAGAUUAGAGCCGAAGCAGAAAGAAUUGCGGACUCUAACACGCUUCGAUAUGUUCGGGAAUUAGCAACAGCAUUUCCUGCCGAGGAGGUGUUCCAAAAGUGCUAUACGGACUCAAAAUUCAAAGAAGUCCAGCAGAAGUGUAAAAAAAUUUUGUAUGUGCGUUGUAUAGAUCAAAUAGAAAUUUAUGACAAACUUGUGGAGUACAUUCUUGAAGAUCGUGUUUGGAUCAAGCCGAAGAAUGCGAGGAAGGAGAGUGUAACGAAAAUUCAUAGAUGUUACAGGGUUAUGUAUGAUAGUAGUACAUUUGAGGCAGUGUGUGACUGUAAGCAUUUUGAAUGCCAUGGAAUAAUUUGUCGGCAUAUGAUCUUUGUGUACGAUCUUUCUGGUGUAGGUAUAGUACCUGAGAAAUACAUUCUUCGCCGUUGGAGGAAAGAUAUGCAGAGAAAGCAUACAAGAGUGAAAGUGGCAUACCAUGACCCUCUCAAGACAGAUGAGGUUCGGCAGUACCACAACCUUAUGGGGGCUUAUGAACCGAUUUUUUCUAAAGCAGCUUCCUAUAAGGAGGUUGUGGUUGCUGUGAAUGAUUUAUUGCAGUUGAUGGACCUUAGAGUUGACGAGGUAAUUGCUAUGGACGAAAAAAAGCGAAAACAGGAAAUGGAGGAAAAUGUUAAUGAACAACAACAACCUGAGGAUGAGGGUGGGCGUGGGAAAGAUUUGGGUAGUUGUGAAGGGUCUUUUGCUGAUUUAUCAGGUGCCAUUCUUGAUCUAUCUGGUGCCAUUCCUGACCAAUCAGGUGUCAUUCCUGAUCCACCAUUACCUAAGAAGAAGAAUCACAGGACCACUAAUAAAAGAUAUCCUUCAUGCACGGAGAAAAAGGGAAAAGAAAAGGCAGCACGAGCUAAGAACGCAGCGAAGAAGCUAGCUGCUAAAAACAGCACCACUAGUGUCACAUUGUCCAGCCAUGAGUAUAUCAGGUCUGCUGGAGUGCACAUGACAGACCUUGAUGGAAUGCGAUCUAUUAGGCAACCUGUUGCAACUGUUGAAAUGUCAUGGAUAUCGGCCAAAAAUUGUUCUUGUUCCGGAGCGGGAUUAAACUUGGUGGAGUUCCGGAUAUCAAUGUCCGAGAUGAAUCCAAUGAGGCCUUACUACAAAUGUCGUCUUUUCGGCAACUGGGAAUGGGUUGUCGAUGGUGACCUCGUUAAAGACGGUCCUCCACCUAAUAUUGCUGCAAUUGUUGAAAGGGUGGAGGUGUUGGAACACCAUAAUAUUAAUUAA